CUUGAGCACGGCAACGUCGAAAUUAUUGGUGACAGGGUCAAGGGAACCUAUAACGGCGUGGAUCCGGGUGUCCUACUGCGGAGGUUACGAGAACGAAGAAUCCCAGAGAUCCUAAUCCGAUGGGUUGACAGAUUCUGCUCCUCGCGACGAGCGUCGAUCGUCGUGAAUACGUACCAAUCCGAGGAAAUGCCCAUCGAGCACGCGGGCCUUCCGCAAGGCUCGCCGCUCUCACCUAUUCUCUUCCUGUUCCUGAAUGCAAAUCUGGUGGACGUCUCCAUCACUAGACGAAAGGGAGCAAUCGCUUUCGUCGAUGACUAUACACGAUGGACUGUGGGCUCGUCUGCUGAGGCGAAUACAACCGUACUUCAGCGAAAGGUCAUCCCGCGAGCUUUACAAUGGGCGGCACAGUCUGGCGCGGCUUUCGAGGCAGAGAAGACAUCGUUCAUCCACUUCACGAGGAACCAGCGGCAGCGCCAACUUCCCGCGGUCCCGCUACUCGCGAAUGGAACGACUGUUGCCCCGGCACCUGAAGUCAACAUUCUCGGCGUGAUAAUCGACCAGUGUUUACGGUUCAAAUCACACAUCGGAAAGGCUGCAAAUAAAGGAAUGAAAGCCGUCCUCGCACUCAGACGACUGCGCGGGUUACCUCCUUCGGUAGCUCGCCGGAUCUUCACCUCCACGGUCGCAUCGAAAAUUGACUAUGCCGCAUCGGUAUGGUGCCCUAUACGACAAGAUGCUAUUGUUGCGGCGGGAACCGUACGACCGUUCGAAACCAUCCAGCGAGUCGCGUCUCAAGCGAUCGUGGGCGUCUUCCGAAGCACGGCCCUCGCUAUCGCCAAGGCAGAGGCGGGGAUUGAACCAACUGUCGUACGCCUUCGAGCACGUAUCUUGAAGCAUUGGAUUGUCUGCCACACCUUACCCAAGGAUCACCCCGUCUGGUCCUGUCGAGCGGCCGCCGCCAUGCAGGAUGGGAGGUUCCCGUCACGUUCAAAAUACUGGCGAAAUCCGCGGCAACGGUCCCUUGGGGAGUUGAUUACCCCCGUCGGAUCCGAUAUACAGGAGUUACACGAAGCCUGCCAUGCCCGUCUCUGGUUGUUCACCAGUGUCAGCAUCCACAAUGGUCUGGUCGGAACGGGGCUAGUAGUUCGUGUUAAUCAAGUGGACAUCGUCUCGUCAAAUGGGACGGUCGGCACUGAAGACGCACUCAACGCCCACUUCGCACAUCUGGGAGUGGUUUCAGAGGCUGUCGCAUAUAUUAAAACGGUGCUCCCUCGUAUUCAGAUGUCACCGUGGAAAAUCCAGGUUACGAUCGUUGUGAAUAACCCUGCCGUUCUGCUGUCGCUUGCAAAGCCACGUCUCCAAGGCGGACAGGCUCUGAUCACUCAUAUCACGGAAGCACUCAAACAGCUGUUGGAGAUGGAGGCCAAGGUCAGCCUGAAGCCACCAACGGAUGAGGACUGUGAGAAUACUACACGAGAACAUACCCUCGCACGCAAAGCGACAGAAGUGAGCAGCGAGGUUAAUGCCCCGCCUCGGGCGCGAGUCCAACUCCGAGCGUCGGCGUUGCGAUGGGUUCGGGCGAAUGUUAACCAGGACCGGAAGGACAACUUCCAACUGGGGACCGCCGGGCAGUUCACACACCAGCUGGAUUCAGCUCUCCCAGGACCCCACACGAAGAUGCUGUAUGAUAGUCUCGAUCGAGAGAAAGCAUUGAUACUAGCUCAGCUCCGCACGGGACAUGCCAGACUGAAUGGAUAUCUACGUCGAGUCGGCAAGACUGAUAGUGAUUUGUGCGAAUGUGGCAUCGAGCGCGAAACAGUCCCACAUUUCGUACUUCGAUGUACACGGUGGAAUGAACAGCGUCGCGCACUGAUUAAAGCCGUGGGUCCGAGCCUCGGCAAUUUGUGCAGAUGUUAG